AUGCAAAAAAAGAAAGGGCAUUCCAAGAAUCUAUCAAAAUAAGCUAUUGAUUUAAUUAAUUACUAUAAUAACUUAAGGACAUCUAUUACUAAUGAAUUUGCCAUGAUGAAUUUAAAUAAAAAAAUGUCAUUAUACAUAGCUGAUUAACGUAUUUCAUUUUUUAAUUCUAAUAGCUAUUGCAGAAGAAGAUGUUGAGGAUUCUCCUAUUAAGCUUUAAAGAAAUUGCUCAAAGACAGAACAUAUUAAUAUCAAUAUUUAUGCUUAAACAUUCGAUUUAGAUGAAGAAUUAUAAUAAGAUGUAAAAUAGUUAAAAUAAACUUUAAAUUAAAGUAUGUAUCAUAAUUUGAAAUUAGGAAUAACAUAACUAAAAAGCAUAAUACACCAAUCAGAACAAAUGAAAAGUUUGAAAAAUUAAAAUAACAAAGAAAAUUAAUGCUAAAAUAAUCAAAAUUAUGCUGUAAAUAAAAUAGCUGCAAAAAAAAGAGUUUGA